AUGUCCAACAACAAGACUGAGCCUGUCAAGCCGGCGUCGAUGUCAUCACUCCACGUCUUGACGUUGAACUGCUGGGGCCUGAAGUACAUCAGCAAAUACAGGAAGGAGCGAAUGGCAGAGAUUGGACGAGAGCUUGCCAGACAUGAUCCGCCAUUGGAUAUAGUUGGGCUACAAGAAUGCUGGACUUAUUCCGACUAUCAAGAGAUCAGUACAACUAUCCGAGAUGUCUUGCCGUACUCCAAGUUCUAUCACUCUGGUAUCUUUGGCGGAGGUCUUGCCAUCUUUAGUCGUUGGCCUAUUCGCGACUCUACCAUGCAUCGCUAUACACUCAAUGGGCGUCCAACAGCGUUCUUCAGAGGCGACUGGUACGUUGGAAAGGGUGUAGCAUGUGCGAAGAUCCAGCCGCCAGACGGGUCUCCGAUCGAAGUGUUCAACACACACCUACACGCACCGUACGAACGAGAACCGAAUGACAGCUACAUCUGCCACCGCACCGCACAAGCAUGGGAGAUUGCGAAGCUGAUGCGAGCAGCCACAGAUCGAGGCAGUCUUGUACUAGGCUUGGGCGAUUUUAACAUGAUCCCACUCAGCUUUGCUCAUGUGCUCAUCGAGGAUAGAGGUGCUGUUCGAGAUGUGUGGAGAUUCAUGACACCUGGCAGCAGCAUUGGUGCAAGCAUCGACCCACCCGAGCAGGAACGCAGACGUAAGUUGGGCGAGAAGGAAGUUCCUGACGUUCAGGAAAGUAUUCACUACCACGGCCAUACAUGCGACACUGUCGUCAACACCUGGAGAUGGAGCAAGGAGGAUCGGAAAGCACUGGAGAAGGGCAGAGAUCGUGAGAUAGGACUCGGCGAUCCCGAUUCACAUGCGAAGCGGCUGGACUACAUCUUCUUCAACGGCUUCGACUCGGGCUGGGCUGUUCACGAGGCAUCUGUGACAAUGACAGGAAGGCAUCCUACCUUGCGUUGCACCUUGAGCGAUCACUUGGCCGUGCGGGCGGUAUUGAAGCGCACAGAGAUCGCGCCUCAGCCCGAAGAGACGCUUACCGCAAGUCGUCCCCUGAGAAGCACUCGAAGUCGAGCUAGCACGGAAGUUAUCGCGAUGGACACCGAAAGUCUCGAGAAGGCACUGUCCAAGAAUCCAACUAAGGUCGAAGUCGGUACCGAAUUCUAUGAACAAAUCCUCAAGAUGGUCGAAGCGUACAAGCUUCGGGAGCGCAAGCAACGACGAUGGCGACUGUCGCAUUUUGUGGUCGCCUCCGUCGUGUCUAUCGGAUCCUUUGUCGCAAUCUGGUGGUCACCCCGGAAUUUUGUUUCGUUCAUCCUGCUCAUUGUAAGUACGUUUGGCAUCAUGGCAGGCACGAUAGACGGCCUCAUCGGAGGGCUGUUUAUGGGUUCCGAGUUGCGAGCAUUGGCCGAGUUUGAAUGGGAAGUGCGCAAUGCCUGGGAACUCUCUGGUGGUCCUGAGCAUAAACAGAUACCUCUGAAGGACUGGUGGGACUGA